GAGAAUCAGGAAGUUACUUAAUAUACAUUUCGAUUUUGAUCUUGACAGAGAUAAGCCAGAUCUGUUACCAAAGCCAGGAGAAGAAAACAAGGAGAAAAUAUGCGGAAAAGGCUCUGAUAGAAACCUCUCUAUUUCACAUGGGUAUAAGAGGGGGAGGAGUUCCAGUACAAUCAGACUUGCAAGAUUCUGCUACAAUAGCCACUCCCAAUACAGAGAGUGCCACUUUGCUGCUGAAUUAUGUCGCACGGCCUAUUGCUUCUUUAAAACCUGUCCCAUCCUGGAGAAAACUGCCUUAUUUGCCAGCUGUAUUAGAGAGAGAAAUUCUGGAUAUUCCUGCGACCUUCCGGCCCAAGAUUGACUGAAAUUGCAAACUUCGUGGUCAGCGAGGCCUGCUUUUCGAGAGGCCAUGGCGGCUGAACAGAAGGCCAGAAGAGCCGAUGGCAUCCCAAGACAGAGAGGGGUCAAAAUGGAAGAGCGUCAAACCGUCAGCCCCCGAGGUGCAGAGGGAACGGACCGUGCAGGGAAACUGCCUCGGGUCCUUCAAGUGGGCACCAUUCGAGAGUUCCUGAAUUGGGCUGCCCCACGGCAAAUGAAGCAGGAGCCCAGGGAGGACUUGCCCGAACUCUGGGAAGCCCAAUGGCAGGAGUUCCUCACUGCGCUCCGGUCCUCUCCUCUAGGGGAGGGACACCAGCAGCUGUCCGAGGGACCUGCCCCAUUGGGGGACAACAAAGCCUUCUUCGCCUCCUUUGAACGUCUGGCUGGAACCUGCCAGGUGCCCCGCCGAGAAUGGCUGGCUCGCCUGGUGCCCGUGUUGGGUAGGGAAGCCAAGGAGACGUACAGUAGCCUCAGCCUCCAGGACCGAGGCGAAUACGCCAAAGUCAAGGCGGCCAUCUUGAAAGGGGAUGCCCUCCGGAUGGAGGCGCAGCGCCAACGCUUCCGGCAGUUCCGCUACCACGAAGCCUGGGGACCCCGGGAGGUGUGCAGCCAGCUUCGGGAACUGUGCCGGGGGUGGCUGAAGCCGGAGAAGCACACUAAGGAGCAGAUGUUAGACCUUCUGGUUCUGGAGCAGUUCCUGACCCUUCUACCUCAGGAGAUCCAGAGCUGGGUGAGAGAACACGGCCCGGAGUCGUGUGCCCAAGCUGUGCCCUUGGCAGAGGCCUUUCUGAUCAGGCAGCAAGAAGCCGAAAGAAAGGGGAAGCAGACUCGGGGAACUCAAGUGGUGAACUGGGCUGAAAUAAAACCAUCUUCUGUGGGUGCUGGGCUGAAGCGGAUUCACCGAGAGUUGAAUCAAGAUGCCAGAAUCCUGGACAUGGGGAACUCUAACGGGGAGCAUGCCGAGAAGGCCCUGAACCGAAUUACCGAAAACGGGUUGAAGGCUCCCGGCAGAGCCCAGCUGGGCCAGAGGAGCUUACAAAGUUCUGAUAGCAGGACUGCUUUCCGCCCAAGCCCGGCCUUCUUCAAACACCAGCGGGGCCACGCGGCGGAGAGCCCACACCAGUGCCCUGAUUGCGGGAAGCAUUUUACGCAGCGUUCGAGCCUUACCAUCCAUCGGCGGAUCCACACGGGGGAGAAGCCAUACCCCUGUCCCGAGUGCGGGAAAUGCUUCCGCCAGAGUUCCAACCUCUUGAAGCAUCAGAGAAUCCACUCGGGGGAGAAGCCCCACCAGUGCCCGGAGUGCAGCAAAUGUUUUGCCCAGCGCUCUAACCUGCUGAUCCACCAGAGGACCCACACGGGCGAGAUGCCCUAUGUGUGCGCUGAGUGCGGGGCCUGCUUCAGCCAGCACCGGGGUCUGGUCACUCACCAGCGGAUCCACAUGGACGAGAUGCCUUACGGCUACGGUUGCCCGGAUUGUGGGAAAUGCUUCCAGCAGAACUCGGAUCUGACGAAGCACCUGCGGGUCCACACGGGCGAGAAACCUUACAGCUGCCCCGAAUGUGGGAAGAGUUUCAGCUACAGUUCCAACCUCAGCAAGCACCAGCGGAUCCACACGGGCGAGAAGCCGUACCUCUGCAACGUGUGCGGGAAAAGCUUCAGCCAUUUGUCGACUCGUAACACCCACCAGCGGGUCCACACGGGGGAGAGGCCUUACGGCUGCACCGAGUGUGGGAAAAGGUUCAUUUCCAGUUCCAAACUCACCCGGCACAUGAGAACACAUUCCAUAUACACUCCUUACAUCUGCAACGAAUGUGGGAGGAGCUUCGGUUCCCAUUCGGCCUUGACCACCCAUCAGAAGGAUCACUCGGCUGAGAGUUACAGCAUGGGCGGCUUGUGGGAGGGAGCCGAGCAGGGCCCUAGCGACUUCAUGGGCAGGGGGUCCCCUCUGUGACCGUGGCGGAGUUAGCCUAUUCCUUACGAGACUACUAGUCAGGGUGCUAGUCCCUAAGGUAUUGGAAUAUGGCAGCCUGGCUUGUGGGGGCCGGAUGUGAGAAUAGAGAGAAUGUCGGGCUAUAGAAUUUAAAUGUGGUGGUUUUGGAAGAUAGAGUUAGGCUGGAGAGAAAAAAAAAAGAUAGGGUAGUACAGAGGAUGGAGGCUUAGAUUGUCAAGUUAGUUUUAGGAAGAAAGCCAAGCCUUCGCAGAAGAGAGAGCUUUGAAGCUGGCUGCUCAUUACAAUGGCUUCCCCAGGGCCCCCAGCCAGCAUAUUUUGAGCCUUCCAUUAUUAGUGUAAUCCCACCCCCCUGCUGUAAUUUAGCUAUCUAAUAACUCUGUAGAUCCCCCCCAUAUUCAGGAGCAAGUUAUCUGUGAUUAUUGGGCACUUGUAGGUAAUAAGUGAAAACUCUAUGGUCUCCGGAAGAGGAAGGCUUGAGUUACGAUUCUGAUUUAGCAAAAAGCAAAAAGAACCCCCAUGGUUGUGAAAAAAAAAGGGGGGGAAUCCAGAGGUGGACAAAAUCUCUAGUUUCGAAGAACUAAAACGUAUUUUAUAGUAGUGGCCCCCAACCUUUUGGGAAAGAGGGACCGGUUCUGUGGAGAGAGGUUUUUCCAUGGACCGGAGGGUACAUGGUUUCAAGUGCUGCCUGCAUCCCUCGGAUGGGGCUUUGCUUGUUGGCGAGGCCCGAUUUCUGGCAUGCUGUGGCCUAGUGUUGGGUCAGGGACCAGGGAUUGAGGACCCCUGUUUUAUAGGCUUUAAUUUUUCCCUCCCCUCCCCUCUCCUUUCUUCCCGUCCUGUCCUGUCCCUUCCCCCCCUCCUCAAUAUUGCUAAAAUCCAACUUGAAGAUGGUGUCAAAAAGUUUUUGACACACUAAAUUAGCACUGCAUUGUGAUGGUGCAGUUAUGGUGAUCAUUGCAGCUUAUGCACUGUGUCCAGUUAUCCCCAGUUUAAAACGCCAGUGCAUAUGGUUUCGGGUGGCUAGGUGUCGUUCUGAAUUGGGUGCCCAUUGUCUCCCUUUGCUCGGGCAAAGUUUCACAACCUUAGCUUCAACUUUUAGGAGGAUUGGAUUUCAACUCCCAGAAUUCCCUAGCCAGUCAUGACUAGGGAACUCUGGGAGUUGAAUUCCACACCUCUUAAAAGUUGCUAAGCUUGAAAAAUAUGUGCUAGACUUUUCAGAAUGCAGAAGUACCGUAUAUAUUCACGUGUAAGCCCAUGUCUGAGUAAACAGGCCCUAAAUAAAUUGUGAAAAAACCCUGAAAAACGUGCCACUCACAGAUAAGCCAACCUGCAUUUUUCAUGACAGUUGGGUUAAAAAAUUCAAGGGUCUGCUUAGCUACAAAUGGGCCUCUAUAAGAUAUACGAGUAAUUUUUACAAUGUAUUACCGUAUAUACUAAUGGAUAAGCCAAAUCUGAUUUUGGGUAUGUUUUGGAGCCUGAAAUCCUUGGCUUAUUUGUGUGCAUACAUGGUAGAUUACAAAAGAGAGAAGGUUCUGGAAUAGAAUAUUGCUGGAUAUAGUCCAGUGGUGGGAUUCAGCUGGUUCUGUCCGGAUCGUGUGAACCGGUAGCCGCAACUCCGGGAGGCUCCGCUCAUCUGCCCGGAUGUAAUGCGCGACUACUGCGCCUUAGCGCACGCUCACAUUUGCGAACCGAUAGGGAAAGUAAGUGAAUCCCACCUCUGAUAUAGUCCUUGAUUUACAACCAUUUCAUUCAGUGGCUCUUCCGAGUUAGAACAGCACUUUAAAAAAAUGACUUACGACCGGUUAUCACAUUUACAACUGUUGCAGCAUUCCCAUGAUCAUGUGAUCAGAAUUUGAGCACUUGGCAACUGGUAUAUAUUGAUGAUGGCUGCAACUUCCCAGGGUCGUGUGAUCCCCAUUUGAGACCCACCCAGCCAGCUUCCAACAAGCAAAAUCAGCGGGGCAAGCCAGAUUUGGUUAACCACCAUGUGAUUCACUCAACCGCAUUGAUUUACUUAACAAUCCUGGCUAGAAAGAUUGUAAAAUUGAGUGUGGAUUCAUUUAACUACCGGAAACGGAAAUUCUGAUCCCAAGGACAUAAGUCAUAAGUCAAGGACUACCUGAAUUCCACCCGGCCUUGCCCUCUUCUAGCAUACUCCAUUCUGUUCUUUUCAGCCUUAUGUCCUUCAUUUUUCCACAGAAAUGUAAGCAGUAUGCUCCAUCCCAUAAUUAGGUAGACCAGGUUGCCCUGAUAGACUGGUCCCACUGGAGGAAAAACUCCACAGAUACUAGCAUCCCAUCAGGUAUACCUGAAUAAUUAACUCAAUUAUCAAGCUAAUUUAGGUCUCCCACUUUGGAUUUAGAGGUCUUUUUUUGUGAAAUCAUGUUUUAUUUUUCGCUAGAGCAGAGAUGGGGAAAGGUGGCCCCUUCAUGACUUGUGGACUUCAACUCCCAGAAUUCCUGAGCCAGCAUGGCUGACUCAGGAAUUCUGGGAGUUGAAGUCCACAAGCCAUAAAGGAGAUCAUUGUUCUCCAUCCCUGCUCUAGAGCUUUGGCUUUCUUAAGCAAGUUUGUCCCUUUUAGGUAGAUGGGGUUUUGAGUGACCCCCAAAACGGUCUUGUCACAAAAUGGCUUUUGUUAACUUUUCCCAACCUGCCCUCACAAGCAUACACGCAUUCAUACGCAAGACCCAACAUUUCACAAGAUUGCUGCCAAGAAGGCGGUGCUCUUAUAAAAUGGUAGCCAAAAAUCAGAAAGGAGUUUGCUGGCUCCCUUUGCCAACCAACAUAUUUUAUAAAGAGGCCUACGCUUUUCGUUCAGCUGCAGUUAGCUUCAUCGGAUGCAUAGAAGUCAUUCGCGAAAGCUUAUGUUGAUUGUACAUUUGCUCAAAGCCAGCAAAUUCUGUCAUUUGGGGGGAAGUGGCAUGAACAUCUGGCUAAACCAUGGUUUGCCUAGCAAUACUCAAGAUGGCGGAAUUUGCAAAAUUGCUAAGGCAUAAAUCCAGAUAAAUCCUUUACUUAAUGGCUGUUUGCUUAGUGACAGUUCAAAGUUACAACGGCCCCGGAAAAAGUGAUUUAUGACCUGUUUUUCACACGACAAUGGCAGAUCACAUGAUCCCCAUUCAGAUGAUUGGCAACUGGCAUGUAUUUAUGAUGGUUUCACUGUCCUGGGAUCAUGUGAUCCCUUUUUUUGCGACUUCCUGACUAACAAAGUCAAUGGGGAAGCCAGCUUCACUCCACAACCCUGUUACUGAUUUAAAAAACUGCUGUGAUUCACUUAACAACCAUGGCAAGAAAGGUCAUAAAAUGGGGCAAAACUCACCAGCUGUUUUGUUUAGCAACAGAAAUUUUGGGCUCAGUUACGGUUGUAAGUAAGGACUACCUUUAAAUUGAUUGUGAACCACGGUUGACUGAUUUGCACAAUUUGGGAAGGUAAAUUUGAACAGGCCCCAUUAUAAUGCCAGGGCCUAUGUGUCCCCAUUGUGUUAAGAGAAGGCUGAGAGGAAGAUUUGAUCCCCUUCCACCUUCAAUAACUCUAGUUCCCAUUAGUGGGUGUCCUUGACAAAUUAUUUUCAAAAGAACGUGACUUUGGACAAAAAGAGCAUCCUUUAGUCCAGGAGUGGGCAACUGUGGCCCUUUUACAACCUGUGGACUUCAACUCCCAGAAUUCCUG